CGCGCUGCUUUGCUUCGAUCACGCCCUCGACUGCGGAAGUGGAAGGAUGCGCAGAGCUGCCUGAGAGGAUCCGUGAGGAAUGAGAGCUCACACGUCGCGGUUUGAUCUUCAACAGCCCGGAUUCAUUUUGAGCCUUGUCUUCCUCCCUACCGUGUAGCUGCUGUCCCUCCCUAAUGCCUGUUUCUCCAGGCUAUGCACGUCUUAACCAAAAUGAGCCUAUGAACUCUCUGCGCAUCUCUGUUGGAGGGCUCCCAAUGCUGGCUUCCAUGACCAACACCACCGACCCCCGCUUCCGCAUCAAAUGGAAAGCCAUUGUGGUGGUUGCAUCAGCACUAAUCCUCGUCCUUCUCAUCUACAUGCAGCUUUUGCCCUUUCACCCCCAACCCAGAGGCAAAUAUGGUUUGAGGUUAAACCAUCAGGAGGUGAGAACGGAAGGCCGCUACAAUGACACAUACCCCCUCAGUCCACCAGAGCGCACGGCACAGGGCACACGCUACCGAAUAGGGGUCAUCGCGGACCUGGACACGAACUCACUCAGUGACAAGAAGCUGACCUGGUUCAGCUACAUGCUGAAGGGUCACCUCCUGGUGUCGGAGAGUGGGGAUACAGUGGCGGUUGAAUGGGAUCAGGACAGGGUGGUCUUGGAAAGUCACCUGGCAGAGAAGGGUCGGGGCAUGGAGCUCUCCGAAUUAGUGGUGUUUAAUGGCAAAUUGUACAGCGUGGAUGAUCGUACGGGUGUUGUAUAUAAUAUAGAUGGACUUAAAGCAGUUCCCUGGGUCAUAUUGCCAGAUGGGGAUGGCUCGGUUUCAAAAGGGUUUAAGGCCGAGUGGCUUGCCGUAAAGGAUGAGCACCUAUAUGUGGGGGGUUUGGGGAAGGAGUGGACCACCACCAAUGGAGAAGUGCUGAAUGACAAUCCUGAGUGGGUAAAAGUGGUGGGAUUCCACGGAGAUGUACAGCACCAGAACUGGGUUCCUAAGUAUAACGCUCUCCGCAGUGCUGGAGGCAUCAGCCCACCUGGGUACCUCAUACACGAGUCUGCAGCUUGGAGCGACACUUUACAACGCUGGUUCUUCCUGCCACGACGUGCUAGCAGCGAGCGAUACGAUGAGACAGCAGAUGAGCAGCGGGGAACCAAUCUAAUGCUCAGCUGCUCGCCAGACUUCCAGGACAUUAAAGUGAGAAACGUUGGGCCCCUGAACCCUACGCAUGGCUUUUCAUCCUUCAAGUUUGUCCCCAACACAGAUGAUCAGAUUAUUGUCGCCCUAAAAUCUGAGGAGGAUGCAGGGAAAAUCGCCACUUACAUUGUGGCGUUCACCCUGGACGGCCGAAUCCUGCUUCCUGAAACUAAGAUUGGCGACGUGAAGUAUGAGGGACUUGAAUUCAUUUAGUGUCAAAUGGAUUGUAUGAAGGUAAAUACAUGCCAAGCACUGGUAAAUACCUUCUUCUAGAUGAUAUACAUCUAGAUGUGGACAUUGAGGUGUCUUUGUUGAAAUAGUUGAAUGAUGUUCAAAUAAUGCCAACUGGCUAUUGGCAGCCAUUGCCUAAAAUGUGGUUGUGGUUAUAGAGACUAAACAAUCUAGUACAUGUUAUACCUUUAUUUUGAGAGACUUAUCAGAGCCUUCAUCAAAAAAAAAAAAAUUAUUGCCAUUUUCAACAAUGACCUUUAGUGGUUUCACGCCAGUACUGUACUUACCGUGUAAUGAAUGUAACAGAAUGAAUGAAGUGAAGUGAUAGACUAUAGUACAUGCAUAAAAUAGUUUACUCUACACACAUUAUUGCAGAUGCCAUGUGGUUUUGUUUGAAUGUUUUUUUUUUUUAUCUUGCAUUUUUGUAUUUUACUUUCUUGAUCAAUGUCUUAAGCAGAUCGGCUACUUUUAAAAAGAACUCUGAACUGUCACAAAAUCAACUUUACUUAUUGAUGGACCAGAGCUAUUUAUUUGUUGCUGCUGUUUUUUGUUUUGACUUUGUUUGUUUGUUUUUGUGAAAACAACACAUUGAAGGUUUUUAAGAAAGAGUUGAACCUCAUUUCAUUUUAUCCAGUUGUUUGAAUCAACCUGUUUAUAUGGUUUUAGGGAUUUUGUUAAAAAUAUAAAAUAAAAACAAAAAUCACAUUUUAUUUGAAUUCACAGGAUAUGUGGUUGUAGACAGUUUUGUUUAUUUAUUCAUAAUCACUAAAUAGCCCAAUUAAAUAUUUGGGUUUUCUUAGAGAUUUGGCAUCUUAACUUGAGCCAGUAAGAAAGCACCCAGAAAAUUUUUCCAUAAGCAUUUAGCACUCCCUGAGACACCCAAGUGGUUAGCUUGUGUGAUAGACACCCCUCUGCUCCAACCUUGAAGGAUCUGCCUGUGAGAAUGGACCAGUGAAGAGCAGUACCAGCAAUGCUCCUUUCUGAGAGAGCAUUGUUGGUUUUCAGAAAGCAAUUGUGCCGACUAGAAUACUGUACACACUAAAAGUAAAUAAUAUUACAGUAAUAAGUACACAGAAAAACCCCCAUGUUAAAUGAACUCUUCUGAGCUUGAGUCCACACUCAAGAGUGUCAAAAAUAACACUGAAGCAGCGUUACAGUUAAAGAGAUAAUAAAGUGAUUAAGUGAUGAUUGACGAUUAGUUAAGGGAUCUGAUAUUAACAAGCAGAAUCACAGAAGGAAAGAGUCAGCACUUUUAACUCACCAUUAUGGUGAUCAGUGUUAGUUUAGUUGGGCUCUUGACCCUUUACUUUUUAACAGUCAUUUGUGUUUUGCUACUGUAACCGAGUUAUAGCUGCCUCACAAGCCAAGAGAAAAUGAGCAGGUGUGGUCAGGUCCACGAAAAGCAGACAGAGCAUAGGGGAAAACCAUGUGCAAAGUCCGUUUCAGGAGACAGAUCAGUAUUGAGAGAUCCAAAACUGGCAACCAGAACCAAAGGGCUUGAGAGAGGUGGAAGAGCUCUGAGGCAUGCAGAGAGUCCAGAUGCUGGGUAGAGCAGAUCUUUAAUGGGGGAACCGGGGUAGAAAACAGGAUUAAGACAGAGCUAGACUGGGAAAGCCUAGCACACGAGAGCUAGAGCAAAUGGCACAAGUCACAAAACACUCUGGUGUAUGACACAAAACAAUUUGGCAAAAAACAGGAAAGGAAGCACAAUAAAUAGGACAGAUUAUGGGGGAAGUAUAUAAAGAACAGAUGAGCAUUUAACAGAGCAAGGGCUGUGUCUGCAAUCACCUCCUAUACCUGUAAAUAGAGCACUAUUUGAGGGUACAGCCAUUUGUAGUGGUCUUUAUCUUGUGCACUUGAUAAAUCCUGUAAUGCAAUGCAAUGCAAUAAUAAGUGUACAACCCAUGUACACUCAACAGCUACCGAGUACCCAUAAUCCACUAUGAGGGUCAUGCCCCAU